AAAUGCAACGAAAAAAUUGGAGAGCAAAUAUUAUGCCUAAUGCUGUUGUUGCCAAGGAUGGUAGCGGCCAAUUUAAAACCAUCCAGGCUGCUCUUGCCUCUUACCCUAAGGGAAACAAAGGCAGAUAUGUUAUCUACGUUAAGGCCGGUGUCUAUGACGAAUACAUCACUGUCCCCAAGGAUGCUGUUAACAUUCUUAUGUAUGGUGAUGGCCCUGCAAGGACCAUUGUCACUGGUAGAAAGAGCUUUGCUGCUGGUGUCAAGACCAUGCAAACCGCCACCUUCGCCAACACCGCAAUGGGGUUCAUUGGAAAGGCAAUGACAUUUGAGAACACAGCCGGUCCUGAUGGUCACCAAGCUGUGGCAUUUAGAAACCAAGGAGAUAUGUCUGCUUUGGUGGGUUGCCAUAUCGUGGGUUACCAAGACAGCUUGUAUGUUCAAAGCAACAGACAGUACUACCGCAAUUGUCUUGUCUCGGGUACCGUUGACUUCAUCUUUGGAUCAUCUGCUACCUUGAUCCAACACUCUACAAUCAUUGUAAGAAAGCCUGGCAAAGGGCAAUUCAACACAAUUACUGCAGACGGAUCAGACACGAUGAAUUUGAAUACUGGUAUUGUGAUCCAGGAUUGCAAUAUCAUCCCAGAAGCAGCAUUGUUCCCAGAAAGAUUCACAAUUCGGUCUUACUUGGGCAGACCAUGGAAGUAUUUAGCAAAGACUGUCGUCAUGGAAUCCACCAUUGGUGAUUUCAUUCAUCCAGAUGGAUGGACCAUUUGGCAAGGAGAACAAAAUCACAACACAUGUUACUAUGCAGAGUAUGCAAACACCGGACCUGGUGCCAAUGUUGCGAGGAGGGUCAAGUGGAAGGGUUAUCACGGUGUCAUUAGCAGGGCCGAGGCUAACAAAUUCACAGCUGGUAUAUGGCUCCAAGCUGGACCCAAGUCUGCAGCUGAAUGGUUGAAUGGUCUUCAUGUUCCUCACUACCUUGGCUUCAAAGCUUGAAAAUUAAACAUGUAACACUCAGCGAGUGUGAAUGUGAU